AUGGGACAAGACGGAGCAACCUUAGAGAUCGAACCCGAGCCCGUCAAUACCCUGGAGCUAACUUUGGUCAACGAGUUUCUAAGACCCGAAGCUUACGAGGAGGACUAUGCUAAUACUGCUUAUAAUGAUGUACAUGAUUUACAAGGUGUACAUGAUAACCAUAAUGCAAAUGGGCUACAAGCACAUGGUGUACAUAAUGAACUUUAUAGUCAAGAACCAAACCAUGCUGAACAUAACCUACCAUUGUCUGAGGAUUUAUCUGGGUUCAGACCAUCUCCAGUGUUCCCGUCUGUUCAGCUCCCGGCAAGAGAAUCCAGGCAAAGAGCAAACACGACCCCGAAUCCUAAGAGUGUAUCCUUCCAACAAGUUGCUGGUUCAAGCCCUGGUAGUGAUGGUAGGCGUUGCAUUGACAAGGUUGAGAUGAUCGAGGAAACAGAAUACGAUGAAGUAGUGCAAUGUGAUCAUUCUUAUGAUAGGAGAUGCCACACCACCUAUAUCACAACAUAUCUCUCCCAACAAGAGGAGGAGUGUAACGAGAAUUUUAGGAAAUCUUGUUAUAUUGAAUACGAAACAAUUGCGUUUAAUCAAACAGUUCAAGUUUGUCGGACCCCUUUAGAGAAAGACUGCAACGUCCAAGGACCUGAAUUAUGCUCUACCCAGUAUGAAUCUGAGUGUUGGACAAAAAAUGAGGAACAUGAUGUUGAAGAUGAUGUAGUUGAAUGCCAGACUAUAAAAGAAGAAAACUGUGAAGAUUUAGUUUCAGGAUAUACCUCGGAACAACAAUGCUCAGUUUGGCCGAAAGAGGUUUGCUCCGUAUCUAAGAAGGAAGUGAAGAAGUUUACACCUAUUACCGCCUGUCACAAGGAACCUAAAGAGAUCUGUGCCCCUGCUGGAUGUGGAUUUAGAGAGGGCUCUGAACAGUGUUUUGACAAAACCCAGACCGUGGUACAAGAUGCCCCUAAGGAGGAGUGUACUCUAGAACCCCAAAGAACCUGUGAGCAUGUGACAAAACUGGUUCCUAAACUGGAACCAUCAGAGGAGUGUGUUGAUGUACCAAAGGAAGUUUGCACAAGAUCAAAGAAAAAUCCCCGGAAAGUAAAGAAACCUGUGGUAAAGAAAUGGUGCUACAAUCCUACAGCAGAAUCUGGACUGGCGUAAUUCAAUGAUAACAUAAUACGCUUUAUACACUUCAACUUUUGUUCAUUUCUUUAUGCAGAGAUUUUUUUCACAUCGCAAAUUUCUCAAAAUGAGACAGAUAAAUAAUCUUUGUUUAUCUCUGUACUAGCUCCAUUCCGGGUGUCUAAUAUCUAGUCAGUAAGUUCUUUAAUUGAUCUGUGUUCAACUCUAUAUGCGCUUGUAAAAUAUCCACAUUAGCUUAUAGUUUUAUAACGUCGUAAGACGUGUCAACUUUAAAGUGAUGUUUAUUGUGUAACAUAAACGUUUUAAAUAUAAGGAAUACUGCCAACAUGUUAAUUGAAAUAAAUAUAUUUACCUGCAGCAA